AUGCCUGGGAAAAGAAGACGCCAACACUCUCAUAGGCCUAAAAAGCACUCCCUCUCCCGCUCCACAAGAGCCGAGCUGCAGUUCCCGGUUAGCCGCGUGGACCGCCUCCUGCGAGAAGAUAGAGAAGAUCGCUAUUUCCAGCGCCUGAGCUGGAGCACACCUGUUUUCCUCGCUGGCGUUAUGGAGUACCUUACGGCCAACAUCCUGGACCUGGCGGGCAAGGAAGCCUAUAACCACCGAAAGACGCUCAUCACCCCAGAACACGUGCAGACAGUAAUGGACAGCAACCACCUCAGCCACAUCUUUGAGGAUGACACCAACCCUCAGGUUGAUGGGAUGCCCCGAUUCAGGAAGUAG